AUGUUUCACAGGCUGGGAGCCAUUGCCCGCAAGGCCCAGGAGGCACAGGCAGCCAUCAGUGUGAUGGAGAACAAGGAUGGCCCCAAGGCCAAUGAAAACAAGGCCAAUGGCGAUUCGAUAAAGGACCAUGUGGAAGCUGAGCACGAUGAUCUUGCCGACCAUGAUAUUGACGACUUGCUCGACUUCAUUGAGGUGAAGCUGGAGAGUCUCUACCUCCAGGACAAAAAGGAACAGCAGCACACAGAUAACACCGACCUCGAGACUAAGUUGCAGAGCCUUGAUCUCCAGGACAAGAAGAAACAGCACAAUGCCUCUCAGCUUGAGGCAAAGUUGGAGACUCUCAACCUCCAGGACAAGGAGGCGCACACUGCCCCUCAGCUGGAACUGGAUAACACCGGCCUGAAGACAGAGCAUAGUGUCGUUCCCAAGAAGAAUAAGAACAAGAAUAAGAACAAGAACAAGAACAAGAAGCAGAAGAAGAUCGACGCCCGCAAGGCAAAGGAGGAGGGCGCUCGGGAGACCAAGCAGGAGGGCGACAACCUCAAGGUCAAGGUGGAGAGCACUAUUGGGGAGAUUAAUGCCAAGGGUCCCGAGGCGAAGGAGGACGCCCAGAAGAUCAAGACCAACGUCGUCUCAAAGCCCCAGGAUGACGACGGCGGCGGUGUCCUUCUUGCCAAGACGGAGGAGAGAUCCGCCUCCCGGACCAAGGCGGAGAAGAAAGCCGAGGACGAGGCCAACUUCUUCAAGCAGUGGGACGAGUACUUUGGCAAGAGAGAGCUCGCCGACUGGCAGCGCCUCUGCCGCGACCUCGGCCUCCCCGACGACUUGCCCAGCAAGACCCAAUGCUGCAAGCCCCCGACCGCGAGACUUCCCAGGCUGACACGUUUCUCCUUUUCCCCCUUCGGUCUGAAGGCCAUGAGCAAGGUCCACGUCAACAUCAGACAGUUCCUCAGCGUCACAGACCGCCCCGACGAGGUCAAGGUCUUCAAGAGCGUGCACCAGCUGGCUUACUACACCCGCAAGAACGGCCUGUGGAUGCCCAACAAGGACCUUCCCAAGGGAGACCCCCUCGGCAAGCUCCGUCGGGAGAUCAACAGGUGCCUCUACUAG